AUGAACAGGUGUAACUUCAUAACAUUUUCUCAUUUUGGUAAUAAAUUUUUUAGCUUCCCAAAAAGUUUAUUUAAUUUUAAUAAAAUAAAUAACUUGAGAAAUUUUGGUAUGACGAAUGAAAAAAAUAAUUGUUUAAUUGAAACGGAUGAAUUAUAUUCUCUUAUGAAAAAUAAAAAAGAGUAUCUACUUUUUGAUACUAGUUAUUAUAACAUAAAUCCAAAUAGUAAAGAUACUCUUAGUGAUUAUGAUCAAAUAGAAAAAAUAGAAGGAAGUAUCUCUUUUGAUUCAAGAGUGGCAUAUAAUAAAAAUCCUAAUUUUUCUUUUUUUUUUCCAACAGAAUUAGAAUUUUUUAAUUAUCUAAAAGAAUUAUUAAUAAAAAAUCAAACGAAUAUAGAAGAUUCCUUAGAAAAUAUACCAAUUAUUUUUUAUGAAAAAGAUGAAAUUUUUUAUUCACCAAGAAUUUGGUUUAUGUUUAAAAUAUUUGGAUUUAAAAAUUUAAAAAUUUUAAACGGAGGCUUAAAUAAAUGGUUGUGUGAAAAAAAAGAAGUAAUAUAUGAAAAAGAAAAUAAUGUGCAAUCAAUAGGCAAUGAUAAAAUUGAUAAAGUAAAAAAAAUAAUAGAAGAUCAUUUAAAAAAUAAUAGAGGUAUAAUUGAUAAUAUGAAGAAAAAUAUAUAUUAUUAUUCAGAUAUAAAAAAGUUCAUUGAUUCAAAAAAAAAUGGGAAAAUGAAGAAUUAUGUACUGGUAGAUACAAGGUCUAAUACUACUUUUAGUUCAUUGAUACAAUUAGAUGAAAAUAAAAAAGUAAAUAAUCAUAUUCCUUUUUCAAUAAAUAUACCAUAUUCAUUUUUCUUAAAUCAUCAUGAUGAAAAUUUAAAAUAUGUUACAUUUAAAAAUGAGUUAGAGAUAAAGAAAAUAUAUGAUAAAUACGAUCUAUUAAAUGAUGAAAAAAUAGUUAUAUCUACAUGCAAUAAAGGAGUUACUGCCUGCAUUUUACUAUUUCUUUUGCAUUUACUAAACAAACCAUUUUCUAAAUUAAUUUUAAAUCAGGGUAGUAUGGUUGAAUACAUGUAUAAUGAAUAUCAAAUAAAAUAG